GGGGUGGGCGCGGCCUGCUGGAAAUCGCGUGUGCGCGUGCGCAUCCAGGACGGAAGACUCAAGUCAUUUUGUUGGCUCUUGAGGGGACGCUGAGUUUUACAAGAGUCAUUGAACGCAGCAGAAAAGCGAGAGGGCGUGGUCAUCUCCUGCAGCAGCAUCCUCUUCAUCAUCGUCAUCGUCAUCUUCAUCGCCAGGUGGGCGUGACGCGGCACAUGUGAUCUGGGCAGCAGAGGUGAAAGGUCACGAUGACGGCAGUGGCCUCUGACCUGGAGCACAUGGAGCUGCAGUAUGAUGUCAUCAACGACUGGGACAACCACAACAGCUCAGCUCGCCUCUUUGAGCGCUCUCGCAUAAAAGCGCUCGCAGAUGAGCGUGAGGGUGUUCAGAAGAAGACCUUCACCAAAUGGGUGAACUCUCACCUUUGCCGAGUCUCGUGCAGGAUCUCUGACCUCUACAGUGACCUUGGAGAUGGACGCAUGCUCAUACGACUUCUGGAAGUUCUGUCAGGAGACAAGCUGCCCACACCCACUAAGGGCAGGAUGAAGAUCCACUGCUUGGAGAACGUGGACAAAGCGCUGCAGUUCCUGAAGGAGCAGCACGUCCACCUAGAGAAUGUGGGCUCACACGACAUCGUGGAUGGAAACCACCGUCUGACCCUGGGUCUCAUCUGGACCAUCAUCCUGCGCUUCCAGAUCCAGGACAUCAGUGUGGAAACAGAAGACAACAAAGAAAGAAAAUCUGCCAAAGACGCUUUGCUGUUGUGGUGUCAGAUGAAGACUUCUGGGUAUUCUGACGUCAACAUACACAACUUCACUACAAGCUGGAGAGACGGGAUGGCCUUCAGCGCCCUCAUCCAUAAACACAGGCCUGAUUUGAUGGACUUUGACAGGCUGAAGAAAUCCAACGUUCACUACAACCUGCAGAACGCCUUCAACAUGGCUGAGCAACACCUGGGCCUCACCAAGCUCCUGGACCCUGAAGACAUCAGCGUGGAUCACCCGGAUGAGAAGUCGGUCAUCACCUACGUGGUCACCUUCUACCACUACUUCUCCAAGAUGAAGGCUCUGAAGGUGGAGGGCAAGCGGAUCGGAAAGGUGCUGGAUCACGCCAUGGAGACGGAGACCAUGAUUGAGAAGUACGAGUGUCUGGCAUCUGACCUGCUGGACUGGAUCCAACAGACCAUCAUCAUCCUCAACAACAGGAAGUUGGCCAAUUCUCUGCUGGGCGUUCAGCAGCAGCUUCAGGCCUUCAACACCUACAGAACUGUGGAGAAACCUCCAAAGUUCACAGAAAAGGGGAACUUGGAGGUUCUUCUCUUCACCAUUCAGAGCAAAAUGAGAGCCAACAACCAAAAGGUCUUCACACCUCGUGAGGGGAAAGUCAUCUCGGACAUCAACAAGGCCUGGGAGAGUCUGGAGAAGGCGGAGCAUGAGAGGGAGCUGGCCCUGCGGACAGAGCUCAUUCGCCAGGAGAAGUUGGAGCAGCUGGCUAGACGCUUGGACCGCAAGGCGGCCAUGAGGGAGACCUGGCUCAGUGAAAACCAGAGACUAGUCUCACAGGACAACUUUGGCUGGGACCUUCAAGCGGUGGAGGCGGCUACUAAGAAGCACGAGGCCAUCGAGACAGACAUUGGGGCCUACGAAGAGCGCGUGCAGGCUGUGGUCGCAGUGGCCAAAGAACUGGAGGCAGAGCGUUACCAUGACAUCAAACGCAUCGUCGCUAGGAAAGACAACGUGAUGCAACUGUGGGAGUACCUGUUGGAGCUGCUAAAGGCCCGAAGGCAGCGUCUGGAGAUGAACCUGGGCCUGCAGAGAGUCUUCCAAGAGAUGCUACACAUCAUGGACUGGAUGGAGCAAAUGAAGAUGCUUCUUUUGUCUCAGGAUUAUGGAAAACAUCUGUUGGGAGUGGAAGACCUUCUGCAGAAGCACGCUCUGGUGGAGGCCCACAUUGGCGUCCAGGCUGACAGGGUGAAGGCAGUCUCCACUAGCGCCCACAAGUACUCUACCAGCGACAAUGGCUACAAACCCUGUGACCCUCAGGUCAUUCAAGACCGCAUUUCCCAUCUGGACUUCUGCUACCAGGAGUUGACUCAGCUUGCUGUCAACCGCCGGAACCGCCUUGAAGAGUCCCGCCGUCUCUGGAAGUUCUUCUGGGACAUGGCUGAGGAAGAGGGUUGGAUCCGGGAAAAGGAGCAGAUCCUGUCCUCAGCUGAGCAAGGCAAGGACCUGACGGGGGCAAUGCGCCUGCUCAGCAAGCAGCGAACCUUAGAGGAUGAGAUGAGCGGCCGCUGCGGACACCUGCAGCACACCAUAGCAGAAGGCCAUAUCAUGGUGCACGCACAACACUUUGGUGCAGCGAAGAUCCAGGAGCGGAUCCAGGAUCUUCUGGCUCAGUGGGCAGCACUAGAGCAACUGGCAGCCAUCAGAAAGACGAUACUGCAAGAUGCUCUGGCACUGCACCAGUUUCAGGCUGAUGCAGAUGAUGCCGACACUUGCAUCCUGGAUGCUCUUCGCAUUGUUUCCAGCAGAGAUCUGGGUCAUGAUGAGUUCUCCACCCAGACUUUGGUCAGGAAGCACAAAGAUGCAGCAACAGUGGUGAGCAGCUAUCACCCAGUCAUCGGCCUGCUAUACGAGCAGGUAGCCUCCCUGACCCCAGAGGAUGCAGAGUCAGACAAGCUGCAAGGGAGGCUGGUGGGCAUGGAGGAGCGCUACAAGGAGGUUUCAGAGCUCACAAAGCUGAGGAAGCAGUCUUUGCAGGACACGCUGGCUCUUUACAAGAUGGUCACUGAAGUUGGUGCCUGUGAGGCUUGGAUUGAGGAGAAGGAACAGUGGUUGAACAGCAUGGAGAUGCCUGUCAAGCUGGAGGACUUGGAGGUUGUCCAGCACAGGUUUGAAAGUCUGGAGCCAGAGAUGAACAAUCAAGCCUCCCGUAUCGCUGUGGUAAACCAGAUUGCACGUCAGCUGCUUCACAGCGAUCAUCCUGGUGAGAAGGACAUCAGGAGCCAACAGGACAAACUUAACAACAGAUGGAGCCAGUUCCGCGAUCUGGUGGACCUCAAGAAGGAGUCCUUAAACUCUGCGCUGGGCAUGCAAAACUACCACCUUGACUGUAAUGAGACAAAGUCCUGGAUCAAAGAGAAGACCAAGGUCAUUGACUCAACCCAGGAGCUGGGCAAUGACCUGGCAGGGGUUAUGGCCCUGCAGCGCAAACUCACCGGAAUGGAAAGAGACCUGGCCGCCAUUGAUCAGAAACUUCAAGAUUUGCAAGACGAAGCCCAUCGGCUGGCGGAUGAGCAUCCUGACCAAGCCAGCGCCAUCACUGGCCAACUCGUUGAGAUCUCUGCCAUCUGGGAGGAACUGAAGGACACUUUGAAGAACCGUGAAGAGUCUCUGGGUGAGGCCCGGAAGUUGCAACAGUUUUUGCGUGAUCUGGAUGACUUCCAGUCCUGGCUUUCCCGCACUCAGACUGCUAUCGCCUCUGAGGACAUGCCCAACACGCUGGCGGAAGCCGAGAAGCUAAUGUGUCAACACGAAGGCCUCAGGAAUGAAAUCCACAACUAUGACCAGGACUAUCAGAAGAUGCGUGAGAUAGGGCACAUGGUUACGCAAAAUCAAACGGAUGCUCAGUACGUGUUCCUACGACAGCGACUGCAGGCGCUUCAUGUCGGCUGGAAUGAACUUCAGGCGAUGUGGGAGAACCGACAGAACCUACUGGCCCAAUCGCACGCGUACCAAAUGUUCCUCAAGGACAGCAAGCAGGCUGAAGCUCUUCUCAACAACCAGGCCUACAUCCUAGCCCACACGGAGAUGCCCACCACGCUGGAUGCGGCCGAGGCGGCCAUUAGGAAGCAGGAGGACUUCAUGACCGCCAUGGACGCCAACGAGGACAAGAUCAGCAGUGUGGUGGAAAGCGGCAGGCGGCUGGCCAGCCACGGGAACAUCAAUAGUGAGCGGAUCCUGGAGCGAGUCACCUGGGUGGACGACAGGCAUAAGAAGAACAUGGAGGCUGCAGUGGAGCUUCUGAUCCAACUGAAGGACAACCGAGAUGUGCAGAAGUUCCUGCAGGACUGCCAGGAGCUGACUUUGUGGAUCAAUGAGAAGAUGCUGACGGCUCAGGACAUGACCUACGACGAGGCUCGGAACCUGCACAGCAAAUGGCUGAAGCACCAGGCCUUCAUGGCUGAACUGCAGUCCAACAGAAAAUGGCUGGACAAGAUCCAGAAGGACGCCACGCUGCUGGUCUCAGAGAAGUUGGAGACAGAGAGGGUGGUGACGGAGCAGCUGGCCCUGCUACACAGGAUGUGGGCCGAGCUUGAGUCCAGCACCCAGACCAAAGCUCAGUGUCUGUUCGACGCCAACAAGGCGGAGCUUUUCACCCAAAGCUGCUCCGACCUGGACCAGUGGCUGGUCGGGCUAGAGGGUCAGAUCCAGUCUGAUGACUUUGGAAAAGACUUGACAUCCGUCAACAUCCUGUUAAAGAAACAACAGAUGCUGGAGAAGCAGGUGGAGGUGCGUCAGCGGGAGGUGGUGGAGCUGCACACGAUCGGUCAGGAGGUGACGGACACUGACCAUGUGGAUGGGCGGCGGCAGCAGGUGGAGAAGAGGUUCCAGGAGCUGCUGGAGCCACUCUGCCGCCGAAAGAACAUAUUGGUGGCGUCCAGAGAAGUUCAUCAGUUCAACCGUGACGUGGAGGAUGAGAUUCUUUGGGUCAAAGAGAGGCUGCCCCUCGCCACCUCCAGGGAACACGGACACAACCUCCAGACCGUUCAGCUGCUCAUGAAGAAGAACCAGACACUCCAGAAGGAGAUCCAAGGCCACCAUCCGCGCAUUGAUGACAUCCUGGAGCGCAGUCGCAGUCUCCUCAAAGACGGAGACUCUGAGGCCGACGUCACUCUACAACGAGUGGCCGACUUGCGGCUUCUGUGGAGGCAGCUGACGGAGGAGGCAGAACAGCGCCGCAACAGGCUGGAGAAGACGCACAAAGCCCAGCAGUACUACUUCGACGCGGCCGAGGCCGAGGCGUGGAUGAGCGAGCAAGAGCUGUACAUGAUGUCGGAGGAGAAGGCCAAGGACGAGCAGAGUGCGGUCAGUAUGCUGAAGAAACACCAGAUCGUGGAACAGGCGGUGGAGGACUACGCCGAGACCGUGCACAUGCUCUCCAAGACGAGUCGGGGACUUGUAGCCGCUGCACACCCAGACAGCGAGCGUAUCAGCCUGCGUCAGUCUCAGGUGGACAAGUUGUACGCUAGCCUAAAGGAUCUGUCCGAGGAGAGGCAGGCCAAACUGGACGAGAGGCUCCGCCUCUUCCAUCUCAACCGGGAAGUUGACGACGUGGAACAAUGGAUCGCCGAGAGGGAGGUAGUGGCUGGAUCUCACGAACUUGGACAAGACUAUGAACACGUCAUGAUGUUACAGGAACGUUUCAGGGAGUUUGCGCAGGACACAGGAAACAUCGGACAGGAGCGCAUGGAUGCCGUUAAUCGGCAGACUGACGAGUUGAUCAACUGCGGCCAUGGAGAUGCCGCCACCGUGGCCGAGUGGAAGGACGGGCUAAACGAGGCCUGGGCGGACCUGCUGGAGCUCAUCGACACCCGGACGCAGAUCCUGGCCGCCUCCUUUGAGCUGCACAAGUUUUACCACGAUGCCAAAGAGAUACUGGCUCGCGUUGCAGACAAACGGCAGAAGCUUCCCAACGAAGUGGGCCGAGACCAGAACACGGUGGACUUGUUGCAGAGGGCGCACAUCACCUUUGAGCGCGACAUCCACGCGCUGGGGAUGCAGGUAAGGCAGCUGCAGGAGGAUGCGACCCGCCUUCAGUCCGCCUACGCCGGAGACAAAGCAGACGACAUCCAGCGGCAGGAGAGCGAGGUCCUGGCCGCCUGGAAUGACCUGCUGGAUGCCAGCGACCAACGCAGACUCCUCCUCCUGGACACCGGCGAUAAGUUCCGCUUCUUCAACAUGGUCCGAGACCUUAUGAUGUGGAUGGACCACGUGGUCUGGCUCAUCCAGGCCCAGGAGCAACCUCGGGACGUGUCGUCUGUGGAGCUGCUGAUGAACCAGCAUCAGGGCGUCAAGGCUGAGGUAGACGCCCGCAACGACACCUUGAGCGCGUGCGUGGAGCUGGGCAAGGCGCUGCUCGCCAACAAACACAAAGCGUCACAGGAAAUUAAAGAGAAGCUUCUGCAGUUGACGGACAAGAGGAAAGACAUGAUCGAUAAGUGGGAGGAUCGAUGGGAAUGGCUACGACUCGUCCUGGAGGUGCACCAGUUCUCGCGGGAUGCGGGUGUGGCGGAGGCUUGGCUUCUGGGUCAGGAGCCCUACCUGUCCAGUAAGGAGGUGGGUCAGAACGUGGACGAGGUGGAGAAGCUCAUCAAACGCCAUGAGGCCUUCGAGAAGUCAGCCGCGACCUGGGAGGAACGCUUCUCUGCGUUGGAGCGCCUAACCACGAUGGAAUUGUUGGAGGUGAGGAGGCAGCAGGAGCAGGAGGAGGCGGAGAGGAAGAUGCGACGGCCAUCUUUAGAGACGCCUGCUGUCCAGCCGCAAGAGCAGAGCGUCAACCACAAUGGCAUUUCGUCUGAACAGGACUCCCCUCAGAACGGUCUGGCUGGCGUGCUGAUGAACGGGCUGGCAGACAGCAGCUCAAAGGAACCGAGUCCCGCCCCCUCGCCAGAGAGCGGCAGGAAGAAGAAGAAAAGCAGCGUGGCGUCCACAAUGGUUCCCUCGCAGCUGGAGGGCCUUCUGCAUCGCAAACACCAGUGGGAGGGGCCAAACAAGAAGGCGUCCAACAGGUCUUGGCACCACGUGCUCUGUGUCAUCAGCAAACAGGAAAUGGGCUUCUACAAGGACAGCAAGGCGGCGGUGCAGGGCGUGGCCUAUCACAGCGAGCCGCCUGUCAGCCUGAAAGACGCCACCUGCAACGUGGCGUCCGACUACAAGAAGAAGAAACAUGUCUUCAAACUGAGAGUCACCGACGGUAACGAAUUUCUGUUCCAAGCCAAAGAUGAAGAGGAGAUGAGCGCCUGGAUCCAGGCCGUCAUCAACGCCAGUGCCGGCCUCAACGGCAGUUCCGCCAACGGGCUGAGCGGCGACCUCGCCGUGACGCCGGCUGACGAAGCACAUGACGUGAGGAAGGAGAAGGACAAAGAGAAACGCUUUAAUCUGUUUGGCAAGAAGAAGCAGUGAGCACAAGGCCACCUUGCUGUCAAACAGGAAGUGACAUACCUGACAACAAAUACUUUUUCUUGUUAGCUCACAUAUUCAAGGGUGUACUUUGACUUUGACUAUUUGUCAAGUGACGCGUCGUUGAUAAUAAACUGGACCGACAUUUGUUUAUGUUCCCACUGUCAACACCGACUAGCAUAGCAUGCUAAGCUAACUAGCAUGUCGCCUGAAACAUUUGAUUAGGAGCACUGACGAUAACUCUCUUAUUCAAUUGAAACUUGCUUGCUUGUUGUUAAGUCUUCACACUGAAAUAUGCUCGCAGUUUGAUACAUACUCACAUCUCCAUCUUUAGGAAUGAACAAGCUCAAUAUUUAAAUGUAUCUUUUAACUGCUGACGAAUAAAUAAAAACACUAAACCACA